AUGAACUUUGGCAGAGGAGGCGACGCGCCGCCGUCGAACGGCGGAGAGUUCCUCCUCCAGCUCCUCCGCAGACCGCCGAACCCAAGCCCUCACACCCAGAUGCCACGGAAGCAUCCCUCUCAAACGCCAUCUCAGGACCCCGCCGUCGCGGCGGUCGGCCCAACAAUCCCCGCUUUCUACCUGCCGCACGCCGCGGCGUUACCUACCGACGGCCGCGGCGUCCCUUGCGGCGCGUGGAAUAACUCUAAUUCGCCGCCAUUUGCUCCGCACAAUUAUUUCCCGCAAAACCCUAAUGCGAACCCUAAUUUAAACCCUGGUUUCUUCUCGUCACUGGGGGGUUUCAGUAACAAUCAGAACCAAUUCAAGCUCCAGUCUGGUCGCGCUCCCGCCAUUGAUGAUGCAAGGAAACUAGGGUCGCACGCGGGAAAUUACAGCUCGCAUAAUCAUCAGCAGGGUCAAAAUCUCGUAUUCGGAUCUCUGAAUAUUGAUGUGCCGCAGGGUAAUGUUGGGGAUGUUUUGCGUCAGAGCUUGUAUGGGAAUAACAAGCCUGCAAAAUCCCAUUCGGAGGAGAGAGUGGGAAUGGAUGGAAGACCUAACAGUCGUCCGGUAAAUCCUGUCGAGGUCAAUGGCGGUGCACGAGAAAAUUCUACUGCAUUCAGAGGUUACGAACAAGAAAAAAGCAGUAAUAGUAACAGCAGGUUAAACAGGGGACAUAAUGGGAAACAUAAGGUGGUGGGGCCCGUGGUGGAGCCACCAGGGUUUUCAAGGAAUGUAAAGAAUGUGAAGAGCAGGGAGUAUGGUUUUGGUGGGAGGACUUCUGAUCGUAAUGUGGAUAAAGCUAAGUCUGUUCGGGCCGUUGAUAUUGAGAAGUCAAUCAUGGAUCUCCAUUGUUCUGAACCUGAAGAAUUGAGAUAUGAUGGCGGGGAUAAGAUGGGCCGAGAUCGUAGGGUGAGUGAGAUGAAUGGUUUGGAUCAGCUUGUGGAUUCUUUGGCUCUUGAAGACAAUUCUGGUGAGAAGAGACUUGAAGAUGAAUCUGAUAAAAAGAACUUAAAGAAGCAUUAUCGAGACAAGGAUUACAGAUCGGACAAGAGGGGGCAGUGGAUAAUGGGUCAGAGGAUGAGAAUUGUUAGAAGCCGAACAACAUGUCGAAAUGAUAUAAACAGGCUGAGUGCCCCAUUUUUAACCGUGUUUGAGUCUUUAAUCCCUGCUGAAGAAGAAACACUCAAGCAGAAACAGUUAUUGACGGUACUGGAAAAGCUUGUUCGGAAAGAGUGGCCUGAGGCUCAAUUAUAUCUUUAUGGAUCCUGUGCCAAUUCAUUUGGCUUUCCAAAAAGUGAUAUUGAUGUUUGCCUUCAAAUGGAUCUUGGGGAUAAUGAAAAGUCUGAGGUUUUGCUAAAGCUGGCAGAGAUAUUACAGUCGGACAAUCUGCAGAAUGUGCAGGCACUUAUACGCGCUAGAGUUCCUGUUGUUAAGCUCAUGGAUCCAGCUACCGGUAUUUCAUGCGAUAUUUGUAUAAACAAUAUGCUGGCUGUUGUGAAUACAAAACUGCUCCAUGAUUAUGCAUGCAUUGAUGUAAGACUCAGGCAGUUGGCAUUCAUUGUCAAACACUGGGCUAAAUCACGAGGAGUUAACCAAACUUACCAAGGAACACUCUCUAGUUAUGCGUAUGUGUUAAUGUGCAUUCAUUUCUUGCAACAGCGUAGGCCUGCCAUACUUCCUUGCUUACAGGAGAUGGAGACUACUUAUUUUGCGACUGUUGAAACUGUUGAAUGUGCUUAUUUUGAUCAAGUGGAGAAGCUGCAAAACUAUGGGUCCCGGAAUGGGGAAAGUAUUGCUCAGUUGGUCUGGGCCUUUUUCCACUACUGGGCUUAUUGUCAUGAUUAUGCUAAUGACGUUAUAUCAGUUCGUACUGGAAUCACACUGAGUAAGAGAACUAAAGACUGGACCAGAAGAGUUGGGAAUGAUCGACACUUGAUAUGCAUAGAGGACCCAUUUGAGUUAUCUCAUGAUCUUGGUCGUGUGGUGGACAAACACAGCAUAAGGGUCAUUCGUGAAGAGUUUGAACGUGCUGCCGAAAUCAUGCAGUACGAUUCUAACCCUUGUGUGACUUUGUUCAAGCCCUAUGCACCAAGUUAA